UCGAAGUCUUACUACAGGUAGAAGAAGAACUCGCGGGAAAAUCAACAGAGAAUCUCCCGCGAGUUCCCGCCUUUAUUAUGUCCAUGGUUCCCGGCACGCGAGAGGAACAGUCAUUCUCUGAGAAUGCAUGUUGCGGAUGUUGUGCAGCACUGCACGGUGAAGUAAUGUUAGAGAUAUAACCACUCGUUAUUGAGUAGUUAUAUGCAGCGACACUUUUGUUCCUAGUAACGCGGUUGUGUGUAGGUUUUCGUUUUAUUUUGUUAAUGCGUGGAUUUCGAGGGAGGACGCUGUUCGACUGCUUUGCCGUGGCCGAAAGCUAAGGACUUUUGCAUUGCGAUCUCUGCUGCUGCUGCGUAUGGCCUCCGCUCCCCUGAAACAGAGGCUCUUCCGGGUACUUCUCCUUCUCCUGUCGAUGUUCCCCACUCUACUGCAUGGUCAACUUCUCACUACGACGGCGCUGGUCGGGGAGGACUUCUGUCGAAGUCUUACUACAGCCUCCGCUCCCCUGAAACAGAGGCUCUUCCGGGUACGUCUCCUUCACCUGUUGAUGUUCCCCACUCUACUGCAUGGUAAAAUUAUCACUAUGACGGCGCAGGUCGGGGAGGACGUCUUUCUGUCGCACUACCUAAAGCUGCCCAAAGAACUGACUGAGACGCUGAAAUGCUACAAGGUAGUUGUUGAUGAAAAGGACAAAAUGGUCGGACUCGGAAGAAACUUUUACAUUGACUGCUUCAAGGACAAACCUCCCAAGGACAAUUCUAAACUACCGAGUCCUGAGAACAGCGGGAGAACGUCGCUGUUAUUGAAAGACGUCAUACUGUUCAACGUCACACGGGCCGAUGAAGGGAACUACAUCUUUGCGUUCCCCCUCGAGAGGAAGGAAUACACCAUCCAGCUUCUCAUAGGUGUCGUGUCCUCCGUUACCAUCAGCCUGGAGGAAUGUCCCGACUGCAGCGGUCUGGUGCUGAGGUGUGAGUCUGUGGGCUGGUACCCCCGCCCACAGCUCUCCUGGUGGACCGAUGGAGGCCUCCCCCUCCCUGCUGUCACCAUGAACACCACCCGGGACCCCACUGACGGCCUCUACACCAUCAGCAGCACCGUGGUGGUGGAGAGGGGCCAGGGAGCCAGGAACUACAGCUGUAGAGUUCACCAGGAAUGGUUCAACCAGAACAGGGAGGCGGAGAUAGCCAUUCAGGAGGACCAUUUCCCGUCCUGUUCUCGUCACCACUGGUGGUUGGUCCCUGCCCUGGUGAUCUUUGUCUUUGCCCUUGUCUUGCUGGUGAUCGUGAGUACGUUGUACCUCUAGGAUGUUCAUCAUGAUAUGAAGUGUGUUCCAACUACAUGCUGACCGUCACACUGUUCUCUCCAACCGGUAAAAAAGAAAACUCCAAAUCUUCGGACAGAAAUUAAGAACCGGCCGUGGCCGUCGAACUCCUCGGGCCUGAAGAGGCUAUCAUGUGUAAGGGUGGUUUGGUGUCAUAUUUUGCACUUUUAUUACUCCAUAAUGAAUUUAAUUUAACUCUCAAUCAAUGUGCUAUUUACUUUGUAGCGUACCCUUUUGAGGUUUUAAAGGUUGCAUCAGCGAUUCUAGGCCGUUACAUAAAUGAUCACGUUCAUCUGAUCUUUCCUCACGGUCCGCUAGCUGCCUGCCCCAUAAGCAGGCCGUCAAAAAAACCGCGUCUCUGUAGGCAGCCUAUGCUCCGAGAUCGUACACAAAAACAAAUGGUUUCACCCAUGGUUUCACCAACCAUUCAAAACCAAAAUAAAUAGUAUUCCAACCAAUCACCGACAAGGGGAGAGUGGUGUGGGGCUUUGCUCUGCGUUCAUGGUAGUUUUUACUGGGAGGGGCGAGCGGGCUCUGUUUGUUUGGGAUCUCGCUUCAAAUACCAACAGAAGAGACGUCACCCAGCAUCGCUGAUACAACCUUUAACCAUUUAUUUAUGCCAUCAUGAAGCUUCUUAAAAGCAGUAUGGGGUACGGCGAGUACGCAAGUCAAUGUGCAGCUCCGAUACCAUCCCGUGACUCAGGCUCCUUUACUACACCGGAAAAGAUCAUCUCAAACACUGUGGUGUUAUGCUGCGUAUCCCACAUGUGUACGGGUGUUCUUUUUGGUGUCAUAUUUUGCCCUUUUAUUACUCCAUUAUGGAGUUUAAUUGAACUCUAAGAAUCAAUGUGGCUCUGUUUGUUUGGGAUCUCGCUUCAAAUACCAACAGAAGAGACGUCACCCAGCAUCGCUGAUACAACCUUCAACCAUUCAUUUAUGCCAUCAUGAAGCUCCUUGUAAUAAGCUUACAACGCUACCAAAAACCCCUCAUUGAUUAUACAAUGUUGCAAUGUUUUUUGGGGUGGAUAUGCAAUACUUUUUCCCCCGUUAUCUUGCUAUUCUCUUUGCAUGCCUGCUAAAGGCAGCUCCAUUUUGUUCAGCUGCUAUGCUCUCACAAAUGUCCAGCCGCUCUAAAUUCCGGCUCUACAUUGGCUGUUUUUAGUGUUGGUAUGUCCGAAGGUUUCUGCCAGAGCCGGCCCUGACCAAUUUGGCGCCCUAGGCAAGAUUUUUGCUGGCGCCCCCUACCCCUUUGGAUCGCACAGUAAAUUCGACUACCAAUGUUCAUAAACUCAGAGAAGCUACAAAGCUUUGUCUUUGAGACUCUUUGAUUUUAGAUAGAAAAUUAAACACACAAAACGUAUUAAAAACCAAGUAACAAAGCAAUGAAUCGUAAAUACAAUGUGGUAUGCACAAAAUACUGCAGACGUUAGAACCUUUAAUAAUUAAACACUUUGCAGUAAAAAAAAAAGUCUUGCAAAACAAUUGACAAUGAAUCACUCAUACAAUAAGGUAUGCACAAAAUACUGCAAAGAAAUGCAUGAUGUUUACUAAAGGCAUUCAUAAGCGAAAUAAUAGAUAGAGUUCAGAUUCAAAUUAUUGUAAAUACAAUUAAAUGUAGUAUGGUUUAUCUAGUUUGGUUCUAACCAGAGAUUAAACAAGCACUCAACUGAAGUGUAAAAUAAAGCCUAAUAGUUUAAUGCAUCGUAGUUACCGUUCUUGGACCAACAUUGUUUAAUAAUCAAUAAAUAGCUGAGUAUCUUUUUUUUUUUUUUUUUCUCCCCCCGUUUUCGGCGCCCCCCGCGGAUGACGGCGCCCCUAGCAUUUGCCUAUACUGCCUAUCCCCAGGGCCGGCUGUUGGCCCAUGUACAUGUGAACCGUUUAGGGCCGAACUAUACUCAUUUUAACUAAGCCUUUGAUUUAAUGAUUUAAUGUCUUUUAAAUCAUGUUUUCAUCCGUCUUUUAUUUAUUCAUUCAUCGUUUUGAAACUCGGUUUUAUUUGAUUGUAUGACAUGUUUAUGUGUGAAGCACAUGUGUAUGAAAUUUAUACUUGAGGGCCAGACAGCUCAUCGUUACACCGUCAUUAAACAUCACAUAGAUAUCACCACAUCAGCAUGUCAAAAAUCACAGCUCCCCACUGAUUUUGUACAGAAGAACUGUUUUAAAGUAUACUGUAAAGAGUUUACUGUUUCCAAUCUGAAUCAGACUUUUUAAAGUUUAGAGUAAGGGUUACCAGUUUGAGCUACGGGCUGAGGUUACAAACAUAGGAGACAAACGGAAGCCUGCUUUCAAUGGUCAACACAUUGAUUCAAUAAAAUUGUGACUGCAAUCAAA